UCGCAUGUGAAUGCACAUUAAACGCUCGUCCAAGAAUUUAUCGGAUUUAUGGCCCGCUUAAUGUUUGAUAGCAAAUCAAUUGUCUUUCAAAACAUCACUCGUUUCUGUGACCGCGCGUUGUUUUUCUAAGAUAAAUGUGACGAAAACAGGCCAAAAAAGAUUUUCGAAUAAAAAUGUCAGCAGAAUACGUGCUGGGUGUCGACAUCGGCACGACGUCAGUAAAAGUGAAUCUCAUCGAUAUAUCAACGAAAAAGCCAAUAGCCCGACAGACGAAAGACACGCGUGCCGAUUGCCCAAGCGAAUUGGGUCCAGCGGCAGGAAAUAAACAAGAUGCGGCCCGAAUUGCGUCAGCGUUUCACGGAUGUGUUUCGCGACUGCCUCGAGACAAGUUGAAGCUGAUCACCAGCAUCGGGGUAUGCGGGCAAAUGCACGGGGUGGUUUUGUGGAAGCAAGGCAGCGCGUGGGGUUACCAAGGAGAGAGAUUGGAACUGAGCACACAAGCGUCUGGAUCUGUCUCGGCAGUGUACACUUGGCAGGACAAUCGGUGCACCCCAGCCUUUCUGGCAUCUCUGCCCCACCCUGACAGCCACCUGGGCAUGAGCUCCGGCUUUGGAAUACCCACGCUUUUCUGGAUGGCCAGAAAUAAACCGGAGCGACUCGAAAAGUACAAUCGGGCUGGAACAAUCAUGGAUCUGAUUGUGGCAAUGCUCUGCCAGUUGGACGAGCCCGUUAUGUCUGUGCAGAACGCUGCCAGCUGGGGCUAUUUUAACUGCGUUUCCGCCCAGUGGAAUAAAGAGCUUCUUCAGGAAGCUGGUUUUCCCGUCCAUUUUCUUCCAAAGGUCAUUCCAGCUGGAGGAGUAGCCGGAACUCUGAAACAGGCUUGGCUUGGCAUUCCGGCUGGGACCCCUGUCGGAGCCGCUCUGGGCGAUCUCCAAUGCUCUGUUUUUGCCAACCUAGUUAGGCCUGGCUUUGAUGCAGUAAUGAAUAUUUCUACCUCGGGCCAGCUUGGCUUUGUGAUGCAAAAGGAAUUCCAACUAGAAAACAAAUUAGCAGAUGAGAGCAUAUCAUCCGUGCAAUACUUCCCUUACUUUGAUGGGCAGUAUUUGGCUGUAGCGGCUUCGCUUAAUGGAGGCAAUAGUUUGGCUUUGUUUGUCAAAAUUUUGCAGCAGUGGGCGCAGGAGCUCGGAUUUAGCGUUCCGCAAGAUAAAGUUUGGACACGCAUUCUGGACCUUGGGGCUGCACACGAGUCCACAACACUAGAAAUAACGCCCACUCUGCUAGGAGAAAGGCACAACCCGGAAGUGAGGGGCACCGUUUCCAACAUUGACCAGAGCAAUCUAGGACUAGGAUGCGUGACUAGGGCUCUUUGUCAGGGCAUUAUUGCUAACCUACUCAAAAUGAUGCCUAAGGAAUUUUUGGUUUCACACGGAGUAGACAGGAUAGUGGGUGUUGGAUCUGCUCUAACCAGAAACCCUGUCCUGCAGAGUGAGGUCAGCAAACAGUACGCAUUGCCAUUAGAAGUGCUGACUGGUGGAGAUGCAGCUUUAGGAGCUGGACUUUCUAGGCUGCUUCAUGUUUAAGCUCAACCUUCGCGUUUUAAGCGUUAUCAAUAUAGGUGCUGUGUAGCCUAGCAGUAAACAGAUUGCAUAAAUUUAUUUAGCCGACGAGACGAUAAUAUGAAACGCUGCCUUGCACAACACACAAAUUUAAAGCUUGGAUUAACUGAUGUAACAACGAACGUGCAAAUAAUGACCAUGAUAUAACACAAUAAAUAAAUAUAGGAAUUUCAAUCAUAAA